GUUUACUCUUACUUUUAGUACCGUCCAUUUUAAUGAUCAUAGUAGAGUGUGCAGACGUAGCCAUCUUACAUUGUUUGAGGUCGAUCCAAGUUUAGCUGCGUAUGUGACACGAGACAUGGAUAUGGACUCUGGGCUUAUAGCAAGCUUCCUAUGGUGUUUGUCAGCAUUGCCUUUCCCAUAGGUGCUGGGAUUCAGUUAGUGCCGUCAAAGCUGUUAAAGCCGAUGGUGAGUUACAGGACACUUAAUUAUACAACCG